UCAGUAAGCAGCGACUCGCUUCCGGUCACGCCCCCUGCUGUCUUUUAAGGCCUGUUGCGUAUCGCCGAGAAGCGGCUUUGACAUUCGGACUUCAAAAUGGCGGACAAACCGGUGCCCAUUGCAGAGAGACGGUUACUGGAUGUUAAAGUGGGGCAGGUGCCUGCCUGGCUGACAAGUCGUGACUUUACACCAAAUGGCAUUAUAGCAGGUAUCCGGAAAGGUUACAAUGGAUAUUAUAACAAGUAUAUAAAUGUCAGAAAGGGAGGCAUUGGAGGAUUAACCAUGCUUCUAGCUGGCUAUGUAGUGCUGAGUUACGUCUGGGAGUACGAUCACAUAAAACACGACCGUUCGAAGAAGUACCACUAAGCAAUCUGUGGUUCUAAUUGGCAUCUAUUCCUUGUACAGUGAAGCUUGUUCAGACCAAUAAAUCUUAUUCUACUUCA